GCGCCCCCUGUUGAUGGCUGACUGUCGGGACAGGCGAGAGGUAACAAGUUGAGAGGUCGUCGUCAAUUGAUUAAGACUGCAGGAAAUUCGCUGAAUUUUUCUCCACUCCCAGAGGCUCUGAUGCUGCCUCGGCUCGGCGGUAUGAACAGGGGAUACAUAAGGAAACCUGACCGGCUGCGAAGCUGCGUGCAGUAACGCUACUCUGGAUGAGAUUUUUAAGCUAGCUGCUGUUAGCGUCCUGCUAGCUUCUACUAUGUCGCAAGUAAGUUCUUGCAGCUAAUUUGGAUCUGAUUCUGACGUGACUGGCACAACUGAAUUUAAACAGCAGCUGCGUAGGAUAAAACGCGAAAGAUGGCUGUGUCUGUGCGGGGCCUCUACUUCAUUAUUACACUAUUUUUAGGUAGUUUUUUUGGAAGUAUCGUCAUGCUGGGUCCAGUUCUGCCGCUCAUGCUGUUAUCUCCCGCUUGGUACCGGUGGAUUACAGAUCGAAUCGUUGCGACCUGGCUCACCCUGCCUGUGUCUUUGCUAGAGCUGGUGUUUGGGGUCAAGGUGGUGAUCACAGGGGAUGGCUUCAUUCCUGGGGAGCGAAGUGUGAUUAUCAUGAAUCACCGCACCCGUCUAGACUGGAUGUUUCUUUGGUGUUGUCUGCUCAGGUACAGCUACCUUCGCUUGGAAAAGAUCUGCCUCAAGGCUGCUCUCAAGGCCGUGCCCGGCUUCGGUUGGGCAAUGCAGGUGGCCUGUUUUGUUUUCAUCCAGCGUCGCUGGGAGAUGGACAAGAAACAUUUGGAAAACAUGCUGGACUACUUCUGUGACAUCAGAGAGCCUCUGCAGCUGCUGUUGUUCCCCGAGGGGACAGACCUCACAGAGAAUACAAGAGCAAAGAGUGAUGAAUUUGCAGUGCAGAACAACCUUCCCAAGAUGGAAUAUGUGCUUCAUCCCCGCACCACCGGGUUCACCUUCAUCGUGGACAGACUAAGAAAAGGAGAAAACCUGGAUGCCGUCCAUGAUAUAACAGUGGCAUACCCCAAGAACAUCCCUCAGACAGAACGUCACCUCAUUUUGGGACAAUUCCCUCGCGAGAUCCACUUUCAUGUCCGUCGCUAUCCAGUGUCUUCACUCCCCUCCUCGUCUUCAGAGUUGGAGUCUUGGUGUCGAGAGCGCUGGGCUGAAAAGGAGAUCCGUCUGCGGGACUUCUACUCAGGCCAGCCCCGGGCCUUCGACAGGGACGGCAUUACACGAGUGCCUCCUUGUAAGUCAGAGUUGCGAGUGGCUCUGAUCAAAGCUGCCUCACUGCUGUACUGGAGCAGCUUUAUCGCUUUCUGUUUCACAGGCCUGUGGCUCUGGUCUUCGUUCAGGUUCUAUGUCCUGGUUGUGGCUUUAGUGUACACAGUCCAGCAGAAGCUGGCUGGAGGGCUGGAGCUGCUGGAGUUGGCUUGCCAUGGAUAUUGGAAGUCCAUGUGUGAGCAGGAAAAAGUGUCAGACAGAAAGAUGCAGUAGGGAGGAAGGACUGUUUUAAUUAGCAAAACAGGUUUUCAACAGUAACCAGCAAUGGGGUUGAAAGUACAUCAUUAGUGUUGACCUGAUCUGAAUCCCCUUUGGGAACAGAAGCGUUUCUGCCUCAGAGAGUAACAAGUGCAUCUUUAGACUGCAUAUCUGGCUUCAGUGGGGAGACUUCCUUUGUGGCAAAAAAUAAAAAGAGGAAUGUUGGGUAUAUUUAUCCUUGCUGGGUUCAAGGAAUUCAUCACAUGUGAUGUUCCACUUGACCUCUGUGCAGUCAGGGUACAAGAAGAAAGUUCACCCUCUGUUAGUUCUAGACCUCUAAAUGAUUUGAUCUAUUAUAAUCUAUCUUCAGGAGUGGAACGUCUUUGUUGUCUUUAUGACAAACAUGACAACUUAAAUGGGGUGUACUUUCUUUUUAUCAUGACUGUAUUUACCUAUCUGCACAAUCCUUGUUAAUUGAGUUUCUGUUGAUGUGUUUUACCAGUUUUAUGUUGUCUGUGUUUAAACAUGGUUAUUUAGAGUCUUUGUCAUCUUAUCUGUCGUGAAACAGUGCGGUUGGUGUUUGUUAUAUUACCAUGUUGGUAAAACUGGUAUUGUAUGCUAUAUUGCCAUUGGUUUUAUAUCAUUAAUGGAGCAGAGCCAUAUUACAGGCCACCUGUAUUUGUGUAUGUACAACGACUUGACUCUAACCACAUUCAGAAAGACACUGGUGGUAGGACUCUAUUAUCUGUAUAUACUUUCAAAGUUAUCUAUAUUUAUUGGGUAUACAGUUCCCUGCAGUGUUCAUACCCCUUGAACUUUUUGAUAUCUUUUCCCACAAUAAAACUUCAAAUUUCAAUACUCUUUUAAUUUAGAGAUAAUAGAUUUAAAUGCGUGCCAUGAAAUGCUUAAAGUUCUGGAUAUUGCUUUAUUUCCUACCAUGUCGGUUCAUGAUCCUGUUUGUUUAGGACAUUUCUCUGUAAAACCUCAAAGGUCUUCACCAAGCAGCUGGAUUCAUUGUGAGAUUGAAUUACACACAGGCUAUUGGUUGCAUUAGAUUUUGUUUACAGGAUUCUGGUUAAAUGAGGGUGAUAUCAUUUUAAAAAAAAAAAUGUUCACCUUUUACUUCAUAAAUAUGCACUACUUUAUGUUGGUCUGUCACAUAAAAUCCCAACACUUUACAUUGUUUGUGGAACAGUAAGCGGGGUAUGAAUAUGCAAGGUACUGUAAUAACCCUGUUAGACCACUUGAUUUUAUAGAUUUUGCACAGAAAAGCCAAAGGUGAGAAAUGGAUACAUGAUGUGGAAAAAAUAAAUAAAUAACCAAACCGAAUGUAAUCUUUCUUGUCAGGGAGGAUUGGCAUCACAAAGCACAGGCCAGGCUGCAGCUUUUAUAUAUUCUUCCAAAAUCAACAAGCAUAAAAGAGUAGGAGUUUUGAGCCCUAUUCCUGGGAAUGAAACGAUGCCUUGUUCAGGCAUGUUCUGGGGAGGAGAAAUGUCCUGUUGAGGCAACAAUACCCCACGAUGUGCAGAGCGCACCAGAGAACCCGACUUGGAGUGGAAAAAAGGCUUUGAGGUCAGCCUAAUCCAAUAAAAGCCCUGUAAUGCCCACCUCUGCAUUUGUCCCUCUCCCCAGGACUGGCAUUGAUGCGCCUGCUAAGCUCAAUUAGCAAGUGACAGCUGAGAAAGCUGCUGUAUUUAUGCCAAAAAAGGACAGAAACUAAAACCAGUUUGGAGCAGUGCUUCAUCCGCACUCUCCUAAUGAUUCAAACCUCAUUGAUUCUGUAAUAAAGGAGAAACUGUCUCCUUUGAUAGCUGUAUAUAGUAACUUCUGUGCAGUGUGUAUCCACCACACAACUGUCUUUUUCUUUUUUUUUAUCUGGAGUUCCUUGUAUUUAAGCACUAAAAAGUGUUGAUUCCUAUCACUGUGAUGCAGUUGUGUUAGCAGUUUUAUUAUCCACAUGUAGAGAUUGAUAUGGUUCUGUAUCUGUUUAUGUUCAUAACUUCUGAGCCAGCCUCACUCUCCACACAUUUUCUGUUACACUGUCUGUUUUACAAUUACUUGCAGAUGCUGGACUUCCUAGAAGUCACCGUCCUCAGGUAAACAGUGUGGACUCCAUGAAAAGGCAGCCUUUUAAAUAAAGAUAAAUGUAUCUCAAUAAAUCUACACUAUCACCUCA